AUGGAGCUCAAAGACUUCCCAAAUGAGACUCUAGAUCUCAUCAUAAGUCAUCUCUUCGAAUUUGCUGCUGAGUACGAGGAGAGCGAAGUCGAUCAAAACCCAGAGCAUCUUGCCAAUGCUCGCCUUGUGUGUCGGCAAUGGAACGAACUGGCCUCUCGGCAUCUCUUCUCCUCAGUUCACCUACAUCACGGGUCUGAAGGGUUUAAAAAGUGGAAUUCGAUGCUUGACAACGAAACGAUAAGAUCGAGCGUCAGGGGGGUCCAUAUUGACAGCAGUCCCCUCCCGUUCGAAGAUCGCAAUGAUGAAUGCGACUGGGAUCUAUGGGAGGAUGAGGGGGAAUACCCAGAAUUCCUGGAUUCUCUUGAUCGCAUGAGUGAGCUGCAGAAUGUGACAUCGCUCGUCUUGCACUUUGGUAGGGAAUGUCGCACCGGAGAGUAUGAGUAUGAUUCGGAACGAGGCGAGCCCCUUUCCACUCGGAAGCGUACUCUCCAUGCCGUCUUCCAUGCUAUGGCUAAGCGCAAAAACGACUCUCCUGGUGCCGCUGCCAUUCGGUCUCUAACUAUCGAGAAUCUUCAAAACUUCAUUCUAGACGAUUUUACCAGUUCCGAUGAGUUUCAGCAGGUAAUGCAGGGUUUGAAGGGCCUACAUGUUUUGGUAGCUGAUGAGGAAAAUACCUUGGACGGCGAGCGUGAGGCUGAUUUGUAUCGCCCUGAGCGUCGAAACUUCGAGCCCCAUCUCCGUCAGGUCUGGCUUGAUCCCAUUGCCGAGCAGCUCACUUCUCUUUCGUUACUCUUCCAUUGUGGCUGGGGUGUCAUGCCUGGCAAGUUUGAUACCCGCGAUCUCAAUUUUCCCAACCUUAGGACCCUGCACUUGGGGUCUUAUAUCAUUGCUCGCCACAAUCAGCUUGACUGGGUAUUGAGACAAAAGACCUUGCAGACUUUGCGUCUUGACAGGUGUGCUAUUGCCUCACACCUUCGGAUUGGCGGUGGCCACAGGCAGCUUUGGGAUGUACAGGACACGGACUGGACAAAACAUCCGAGAGGGGCGUUCGGUUUCAAUGGCGAAGAUGACGAAAUCUACACCUUCGAAGGAACAUGGGCGGACGUAUUCAAUGCGAUUCGUGGGUCGCUUCCUGACUUGUUAGAGUUUCGAUUUUCCCGGUGCUCUCAUACCCUUUUCCUUUGGCGGCCAGAUCUGAUGGACAAUGAGGAGCCCCAUCUGGCUCGUUACUUUACCUUCGAUACCGGAGACUGUUCGGGCUGGAUUGAUGACGAGAGCCAUAUGACCUUUGGCAACAAUGAUCCUGAGCCAAUUGGUAUAGAUUCAGCCUCAACCUCAUACAGCAAAAAGCGAAUACUUGACCGAGGGGCAGAAACAUAUGAGGAAGAUAUGCGGGCACUCGAGAAUCUAGUAGCUUCAACGAGAAGGAAUCAAUCAUGCUGA